CCGUUCGUCAUAUAUAGUGAUUUCAAUAAAUAUGCAUCUGUCAACAAUGUUGCACAUUUUGUACUCUCGUCUUUUAUUAUUUUAUUAAUUGGUAAAAAAUUUGAUUUUAUUAUUUAACAAAAAAAGGACAAUUUUUCUGUGAUUUUUUUUUUUUGAAAUUUAAUUAUUAAAAAUGUCAGAACAAUUUGAACUAUUGGAAAUUGACAAGUGCAUUAUUUCGAGGUUAUGGUAUACAGCAUCAGUUAUUUUAAAUAGCAACAAUAUAGACAGUGAUUAUUUAAAAAAUUAUACAAAGGAUGAAAUAAAUAAUUUACGUACUUUAAUUAUAUCGUCAAUCGAUAAAGAAGAUUCAAAUGAAAUCAAAUGGAUCAGUAAUAAGAUUUUAUUAUCUCUUGAUAAAAGAAAUUCCGCUGAAGUGCAAAAGGAACUCGAUUCCAUACAGUUUACAACAGCCUUGAAAUUAAUUGACGAUCAAAUUACCGAUCACGUGGAAAAGGAAUUAAAUGAAUUAUUCGAGGCUCUCACAAAUGUAAAACAAAAUUUUAAUGAAAAAAAAAAAAUAUCACAAGAGAGUUUAAAAUUUUUGUCAAAUAAUUUAAAAAAUAAACCACAAUUAACAUGUUGGCUUAUUAAUCAAUUACUUUGUUUAUGGCCAACAACAUUUCCAUAUUCCGAUGAUAUUCUACAGGAUUUAUAUUUAAUUGCAUUAAAAUCAAUAAUUGAUGAUUAUAAUAAAGAAAAUAAUUUUUCAUUAAAUGAAAAAAAUUAUUCUCACAAUUUAUUAAUGAGGGAAAAAAAAUUAUUUCACAAUAAUAAUAAUUUUUCUAAAUUAUUGUGUAUUUUAUCAAAAUUGGAAUUAAUUGAAAAAAAAGAAGAUGAACUUAUUAAAUGGCUUUAUCCAUAUUUAUUAAAAUUUACAAAUAAUAAUAAUGAUGCAAUUGAAUUGUGUUUUUAUUCAAGAAAAAAUUUAAAAUUUCUCAAUGAAUGGAAUAAAUUUUUAGAUAAUAUUAAUGGACGUUUUGAAAAUCCAAAUAAUUAUGAAAGUUCAUUAAAAAUUGUCAAUGCUAUAUUUUUUAAUGAUAAUAAUUAUUCAAUUAAUUCAAAGGAAUUAGCAAUGAGAAUAUUUCGACGACAAUGUCAUUGGAUGUCGGAUAUAUUGGAAUUGUGCAACACUCUUUUAACAAAUAACGAUUAUGAAAGAGUAAAAAAAUUACUCUCUUGUUCGCCAUUAAAUAAUCUUUGGCCAUCGUUAAUGUUUUAUUUUCUUGCAAAUUUCCCUCAUAUUCCAAUAAUAAUGACAUCAAUCGAAACAUGGGAAAAAAAUGUAAAAAUUUGUCAUACACUCAAUUUUCUUCACGAACAAUGUGAUUUUUCACAAAAUUCUCUCUUAUCACCAUUCAAUGAAAUUAUAAAACAAAAUUUAAAAAUUUGCAAUUUUAUUCUUGAAUCAAAACAAAAAUUAUUUGCAAAUAAUUUUUAUUCCACGUCCAUUGAAUCAACAACAUUAUCAGUGAAAAAAAUUUUCAAACAUUUGGAAAAUUUCUCCUGUCUACAUGUUUUAAAAUCAAAUAUCAAUUUACAUGAUGAAAAUUAUGAGAGUGUAAUAAAAUUAUUAAAAAAUACAAAUUAUAAUGCAUCGAAUAUAUUUCAUGCAUAUCGUACAUUAUUGUGUGCAUUAAAGGGAAUAUUAGCUUGUGAAUUGUAUAAUUGUAAUGAAAUUGAAAAUAAUUUCAAUGAAAUGGAAUUAUUAAUUUCAACAAUUUUACCAUUUAAAUUACGAAUUGAAGUGAUGGAGAAUAUUUUUUCACUUCUUUUUUUAAGAUUUGAAGAUUUUGUUGAUUCGGAAAAAAAUUCAUCAACUGAAAAUGAUGACGAUGAUGAUGAUGAAGAUAGAGAAAAUAAGAAAGCAACUUCUGCUUUGGAAAAUUUAGAACAAAGACGAUUUGGUUUUAUUGCAAAUAAAUAUACAAUAAGGGAAAUUUUGGAAAAAUUGAAAAAUUCCAUUCGAACAAUGAAAAUUGAUAUUUUGAAAUUAAAAAAACCUGAUGUGGAAAAAUUGGAAAAUUUUAAUAAAGCCAUUGAUGAUGCACAUUGGAGAUUGGAAUUUUUGACAAAUGAUGAUUUUGUAAAAAAAAUUUCAACUGAUGAUGAUAAUGGAAAAAUUGAGACGAAAAUUGUGAAUAUUAGUGGGAAAUUUAAUUAUACGACAAGACGUAAGAAGGCAUUUUUUUAUAAAAAAAUUGGCGAUGAUAGUUCAUCGAAUGAUGAUAUUGAUUUUGUGAAAUCAGAUUUGGAAUUUAGUUCAGAAUCAGGAUCACUUGAUAAUGUAUUAAAUUUGAGGCGUCGAAAGAAGAAAAAGAAUUUUAUUAAUAAUACAAAUAAUAUUGUGGAAAAUAAGGAAAAUAAUUCGAAAUUUAUUAUUAAUAUUAUGUUAAUGCCAAAGGAAAGUUGGAUUUUACAAUGUUUAUGGAAAAGGGAUCAUUUGAGAGCUCAACAAAUUAUUGAGAUGUUUGACAUGAAGGGUUCGCAACUUGAUGGCGAAGUUCGAUUUUCAAAUGCGAUUCGUCACUUUCGACGGGAUUUAAAUAAUUAUUUAAAUCCAUCAGACGUUGUUGAUUCACCAGCAAUUCAUUCGAUACUUCACAAUAUCAAACAAGCCGCUCACGAUGGCUUUCAAACCUCACGUAUAACAGGACAAUUGGAAACAUUUUUAGCAGCACAAGAGGAAAAUAUUUCAUUAUUAAAAAUUGGAAAUUUUGAUAAACAAGAAAUUUUAACAUUUACAAUUGUUGAUUUAGCAUUAACAUUAAAUGAAAAUCGUCAUACAUCACAAAUUAUUUGUGAUGUUGCUGCAAAACAUUUAAAAUCAUUGAAAAAAUUACAAAAUACAAUAAAUCAUGAAUUUUUCACACGUAUACAUCAAUUAAUAAAUGAUGAUAAAUUAAAUUUAUCAUUAAUGGAAAUUUUUUCCAAUGCAAUGAUACCAUUAAAUUUAAAACAAUGGAAGGAGAAAAAUAAUUUUUACACUGAAUUAAAUGAAAAAUUACAAUUAUUUAAAGAGACACAAAUUAUUAACGGGGAAAAAAAUGUUUAUUCUUCAAAUAAUGAUAAUUGUCAAUUAUUACAAAAUAAAAGUAAUAAUUUGAUAUUAGGUGAAAAUUAUUAUCAGGAAAUAAUGCAUUUAUGUGAAAAUGAAAAUGAAAAUGAUUAUUUAAAAAUGGUUUAUUUACAUUUAAAAAUUCUUCAGACAAUUAUUAAUGAUAAUAAUAUAGUUAUGACGGAAUCGAAUAUUUUGAAAAAUCCAUUGGACUCGUAUUUUGGACAUGAAAUAUUUGAUUUAAAUGUUGAGCCAAGUGAACUUGAGACAAUUGCAAAUAAACUUCAAGUGAAUUUAGUUCACAGUAUUCUUGUGAAUUGUUGUCCAAAACUUUCGUGUGACAAUGAAAAAAAAUGCAAUGAAGAAAUUUCCAAUUCCAAAUGGGGUUUUAUUGUUUUAAAUUCAAGAAUCGAGGAAAUUAAAAAUCAUGAGGAUUUUGCCUUGGAUCCAAAUCUCUAUGUAUCGGAAAUUUUAACUGAACUUUUGUCGCUUUUAAAAAAAUUAUCAUCAAAUGCAUCGACAUUGAAUGCCAAUGAAUUGUCAAUUAUUGGAAAAAAUCAACAAGUUAGAGAAAUUUUACAAAAAACACAAAUUUUUGCCACACUUGAUUUAAGUGAAUUAUUAGAUGGACAUCAUACAUUGGCAUUUUUUUUAAAUCUUUGGAAUCUUUUAUUUUUACAUUCCAAUUUAUUUAUAUGGUCACAAGAUAUAUCGUCAAAUGAUUUACGUCAUUCUAUUUCAUUAAUGAUUAUUGGCUAUGAAAUUGGUGAUUUGGGUUUUGUUACAUUAUCAACAUUAAGAAUAAAAUUACUCGGUGAAUUGAGAUGGAAUUAUUUACAAUUAUUUGAAGAAAUGGAAAGUCUCAAUGAAUUGGCGUGGCAGGAUUUAGAUUUAAUGAUUGAUUCAAGAUCAAUAUUUGCAAUGGCAAAUGAAUUUUCCGAUUCGCCAAUUAUUAAGGUUUACAAUCCACAAACUCUAAAUGAUGAUUUAAAUAAAUCAAUGUUUGACUAUCUUGAACAUUAUAAAUCGAAAGAAAAAGAAAUUACACUUCCUGUGAUAAUUUCUAAAUUUCUAAAUUAUAAAAAAAAUAACACUGAAAGAAAUGAAAAUUUAUCAUCAUUGUUAAAUGAUUUAAAAACAAAUUGCCAGAAUAAUGAAAAUAAAUCAAUUUACAAAUAUGAGAUAAAAUUUCACUAUUCAAAUGAUGAAAAAAAUGAAAAUAAUGAAAUAAUUUUCAAUAUUCCCGAAUGGAAGACAAGAAUAAUAAAACCAUCGUUAUUAAAUUAUCUCAAGGGACAUUGUUGGUUAUUAUCGUAUCUCGUUGAACGUAUACAUGAAACAUCGAUAAUAAAUUUUGAUAAUCAACAACGAAUUUCAUUUAUGGAAAAUCUUUUAAAUUCCCCAUGGAUUAAAAUUUUAUCUUCAUUAUUCAAUGAUAAUUGUUUAUUAGCAAGUUGUUAUGAAAAUUUAGAAUUAAAUUUAUUAUGGAAUUAUUUUCAACAAUUAUUGGAGGAAAAAAAUUAUUGCCAAUCAUUAUUAAUAAUUAAUGCAUUACCUGAUUAUUUAUUAAAAAAUAAUAUUGAAUUACAAUGUUUUAAAGAUCGUAUUUUAAGUUUAAUGAGCGGAAAUUGUUUAAAUAAUGAAAUAAUGAUUUAUAUUUAUCAAAUUAAUGAUAUUAAUACAUUGUUGCAAACAAUAAUGUUUAAUAUGCAAAAUUGGCCAAUGGAAAUAUGUGAAGAAUCAUUAAAUCAUGCAUUAAAUCAUAAUGAUCAUGAAUUAUUACCAGAACAUUGUAAAAUAAAAAUGAAUGAAACAUUAUGUCGUGUGAGAAUAUUUCGUAAAAUAUCACCAUAUUAUUUAAAUGAUUUAAAUUUAACAAAUGCAACAUGGUUUGAUGUUGUUAAUUGUACAGAAAAAACAGAUCCAACACGUGUUAUACAAUCAUUAAUAAAUGAAAAUAAAUUUGAAUUAUGUCUUGAAUGGUUGGAAUUUCAAAGUUUUUCAUCAGAAAUACAUACAUUAAUAACGCAAGAUUUAUUUUUUGGUUUAUUAAAAAAUGAUGAUAUUAAUUUUAAACAUGCUGGUAAAUUAUUGCGUGCAUUGCCAUUAAUUCAAUCAUUAACAAUGUGUAAGGGAAUAAUGGAGAAUUUAGAAAAAAUAAAUGCAUUAAAAUUUAUUGUUGAAUUUCUCAUUGAUAAUUGUCGUAGUGAGGAAAAAUUAAUUUAUCGUAAAGCAUUGAUUGGCAUUGAAAUUUUAAAUAAUUUAGAUAUUAAAGAACAAUCAUUAUAUAUUGGUUUAAUAAAAGAACCGCUAUUAAUGCUUGAACAAUUAUUAAUGAAUUGUAAAUUUGAAACAUUACAAAAAACAUUAAAUUCAAUUCAUGAUAAAUUGGAGGAGGCAAAUUUAUCAAUUGAAAAUUUUGAUUCUAUUAUACGUUUUUAUGCUGGUAAGGCACUUGAUUUUCGUGUUACAUUACAAAAGGAUAAUAAUAUUGGUGGUAUAAUUGAGAUAAAUAAAUUGAAAGAUACACAAUUAAUUGAUAAUCAAGAUGAUGAAUUUAUAAUGCCUGUUAAUGUACCGACAAAAGAUGAAUGGAUACCAAAUGAUAAGGCAAAAGAAUGUAGUAGUUGUAAAGAGGUGAUUUUUUCAAUGUUUAAUAGAAGACAUCAUUGUCGAAGAUGUGGACGUGUUGUUUGUGCAAUGUGCUCGGAACAUCGUAUGAGAGUUAAUGGAUAUCCAAAUUCAGUAUUGGUGAGAGUUUGUAAGGAUUGUAAAUUACAAGCGACAUUGCAACAACAUAUUGUGAUUGGCUCUUCAUCGGCGCCAAGUAGCGAAACCCUCGAAUCAUGGAAAUUAACAAUCGACGAAUCAUACAAUCAAACAGUGAGAGAUGAAUUUUCCUUUGAAUAUGCGCCAAAUAUUUCCUUUUGCCUGGCAAUAUUAAAUCUUCAUUCCGAUCAUAAGGCCUAUACAACAUUUCUUCUCGAUCAAUGUGAUGAGAUGAAAAAACUUUUACAACCAGUUGAAGGCGGUAAAGUAAAUCCCGAAAUUGAUCAUGCAUUAAUAAUAAAAAUGAUACGCUCAUUAUUGGUAGCGGCAAAAGUAAAAUGUGCCAAAUUAGGAUUAAAUGCAGGCCUAGCGCAUUGUGAUCGUUUUUUAUCGCAAGUCGAUUUAAUAACAACACUUGUACAAUCAGAUUGUCUUUCAUUGAUACCAUGCGAUGAUCUUGAUGAUCAUGCAUUACGUAAAUUACGCGAUCUUUUAACUGAAAAAGAACAAUGGACACUUGCACUUGAUGUGAGUACAAAAUCAGGUCUCGAUACACAAGGCGUAUGGGCAGCAUGGGGUAAAGCAUGCCUUAAAGUUGGUUAUUUUGAUCGUGCACGCGAUAAAUUUGCCCAUUGUCUUGAUAAGGCAAUAAAUAAUGAAAAUUAUGACGAUUGGGUUAUUUUAUCACAUCACGAAUUAAAUAACGAUGAUGAUGAUAAUAAUGGUAAAAUAAAAAAAGAAAAAAUUUUAAAAAAUAAUCGUCCAUUAAAAAAUCCACCAUUAUUAAUGGAAAUAUUACAAAUUCUUGAAAAUUUAAGUCUCAAUGGACAGGAUUUUAAAUCAAUGACAAAUGCAGCGCAAGAAAUUUUAAAUACAUUAAAUAGUUUAAAAACAAUAAGUCAAGGAAAUUAUUCAAAUAUAAUUAAUCCAUGGAAUGAAACAAUUUAUUAUAAUGAAAGUAUUUAUUAUUUAUUAAUGUACGGUAGUGCAAGUUCAAUAUUAGAAUUUUUUGUUAAACAAAAAGAAUUUUUAAAAUGUCUUGAUUUUGUUAUUGACAAUGAUUUAGAUUGUGAAUUAUUUUUCACAUCGAUUUAUUUAAAGGCAUUAAAAUGGGAAAUUAUUGAAUUAUUAUUGAAUACAAUGAAAAUGAAAGAUGAUAGUUUAUUAAUGUGGAAAAAAUAUUUAGUUUAUAUUUGUCGUAAUUUGGAGAAGAAAAAUUUAUUAAAUACACUCUAUCAUUUACAAUUGUUUAUGAAGGAUUAUAUACGUGCGGCAAUGACUUGUAUAAGAUUUUAUAAAAAUGAUUCACGUACAUAUGGUGAUUUAUGUGAGAGGACAUUUUGGUUGUUUGAAGCGCAAAAUCAUUUGGAGGCUGAUUUAAAAUUGGAAAAUUUUAAUGGUCAUCGAAAAAGAAGAAAAAGUUUGAAUUCAUCGAAUUCAUUGAUUAUGGAAAUGGAUGCAUUGGAAAUUGAUAAGCAUAUUAAUACAAUAUCGCGACAAAUGGAGAUUGCAAAAUUUUUAGGUGCCGCUGAAAAAGAGGGAAGGGGAAUUGGUAAAUUUUUGGGUUAUUUAGCUGAUAUGGAUAGUACAACUGAGAGUGUUGAGAGACAAGAAUUGCCAACAUUAUUUGGUAAUCAACAACAAAAAACACAACUUGCAGUUUUGGCAAUUUUAUGUGGACGUGAUGUUGAGGAGGGAUUUGGAAUUGCUUUUCGAAUUAUGCAAGAUUAUAAUCUUCGCUCGCAAAAAGUUUAUUCAUUAGUUGGUCAUGUUUUGGCUAUUGAGAAGAAAAUAAAUUCAAUUGAACAAUUAAUAAAAUGCUGCCGCAGUUCUGGUGCUGUUGAUUCAAUUGCAAUUUCCGAUCGUAUUUUAGCGCAUUGCGUUAAACUUCUUUUAGGUCCAUCGUGCACCGAAGCAAGAGAUCAAGUGAAUUCUCUAAUUAGACUGAUUACUGAUGUAGAAUUAAAGAUAAGUUCCUAUAUUGAAAGUCGACAAUUGAAAGCCGCAUAUCUUCUCGCAGUGAAACAUUCGAGGGCAAAUGAUAUUCGACGAAUUUUAAAAGAGGCUGACAGACUCGGACAAAACGCAAUAAAAUCCAUUUGCACCAAAUGGUUACAACAAACUCAAGGUUCAAACUAAAAAAACUAUUUUAAAUGUCUUUUUCCCCUUUUUUUAAAUAUAAAAGCAUUUUUUUUACAAUUGUCACAAAUUAGACAAAAAAAAAAAUAAUUAUUAACUUUUCUCUCAAACAAAGAAGAAAAGAGUUUUUAAAAAAUAAAAGAGGUUUUUUUUAGAAAAACUAGAAAAUAAGAAACUAAUAUUAUAGAUAUUAUGCAAUAUAAAAGACUAGAAAUAUUAUUUAAAUAAAUAAAUAUAUAUAUAUACCUAUAUAUAUAUAAUUUAUUUUCUUGCUCAUUUUUUACAAACUCGAUGAUUAAUUUUUAAAGAUGAGAAAAAAAAGAAUGAAGUUUUUGAAAAAUGAUUUUUUUAGAUUUUUAAACGCACUAUAUAAUAAUUAUUAUUAAUUAAAAGACAAUAUUUAUAUUAUAUAAUAAUAAUAAUAUUAAUAAUAAUAAUAUUAAUAAUAAUAAUAAUAAUAUUAAUAAUAAUAUCGUAACAAAUAAUCGCUUUCGAAAAAAAUAGACUGCAGAUAAAAUUAUUUGUUACGGGCUGUGAUACAAUUUUUCGCGUAAAAUAAUUAAAAAAAAAUGCGCUAAAUAGGAAAUAAGUUAUUUUGUAAAAAAUUAAUAAUAAUUUUUAUUUAAGUCUCAAAUUUUCCUUUGUUUUUCCUACGAAUAGUUAGACACACAAAAAAAAUAAUUAAAUCUAGCUAAAAAUUUUUUUUUGUCACACUUCGAGAUCUGAAUAUUUAAAAAAAAAUUAUGUAAUGCGAAAAAAAAAAAAAUAAGAAAA